AUAUCCACAGAACACAACUCCGGAAUACAAAUCGGAACUCUUUUUGCGUAUUAAAAUAUAUUCAGUAAUAUUUUGACGAUUUAAAGUGGGAUCUCUCUGAUUUUUUUCUUCAAAAGGGAAAAUAUGUUAGAUUGAACACUAAUACCACAUCCUACCAAAACAAAAACAACAUUUAAAUCAUAUGUAUAUUUUUUUUUUCCAGAAUAGAAAUGGAUCCGCUCAUCACUUCCACUGAGUUCCCGCGUAAUUGGACAAACGACUCCACCACAAAGAAUGAAACGGAAAUAUACUGGAACCAGUUUGUGCAACCAAUUUGGAGGAUAGUUCUCUGGGCAGUAGCUUACAGCACAAUUGUCAUCGUGUCCGUGGUGGGCAACAUCACCGUGAUGUGGAUCAUUUUGGCGCACAAACGCAUGCGAACAGUGACGAACUAUUUCCUCGUGAACUUGGCUUUCGCUGAAGCGGCGAUGUCCGCAUUUAACACUGUUAUAAACUUUGUCUACUCCGUGCACAAUGAGUGGUAUUUCGGGCUUUAUUACUGCCGAUUCCACAACUUUUUUCCCAUAGCCGCUGUAUUUGCUAGUAUAUGUUCCAUGACAGCGAUUGCACUCGACAGAUAUAUGGCCAUCAUCCAUCCCCUGCAGCAGAGGAUGUCUGCGACUCAGACAAAGUUGGUCAUUGGGGUGAUCUGGGUGCUGGCUUUUCUGCUUGCCUUCCCCCAGUACUACUACUCCAACACAGACCAGUUGCCUGGAAGGGUUGUCUGCUACAUCGAUUGGCCUGAUUACACUCUCCUGAACUUCAGAAAGAUGUACUAUGUGUGUGUAGCAGUGCUGAUCUACUUCCUCCCUCUCUUGGUGAUGGGCUGUGCUUAUCUGGUGGUGGGUUUGACUCUGUGGGCCAGUGAGAUCCCAGGAGACUCGUCUGAUUGUUACCAAGAGCAGCUGGCUGCCAAACGCAAGGUGGUGAAGAUGAUGAUUGUUGUGGUGUGCACCUUCGCUGUUUGCUGGCUUCCCUAUCAUGUGUUUUUCCUGAUUCACCAGUUCUUCCCGAACCUGUCUGAGCAUCUCUUCAUUCAGCAGGUCUAUCUGACUAUCAUGUGGCUGGCAAUGAGCUCCACUAUGUACAACCCCAUUAUCUACUGCUGCCUCAAUGACAGGUUCCGUGCCGGGUUCAAGCAAGCUUUCCGCUGUUGUCCAUGCAUUCCUGAGGGAUCCUAUGAGAGUCUAGAGCUCAAGUCCACACGGUACCUUCAAACCCAGACCAGUUUGUACAGGGCCAGUCGAAUGGAGACCACUGUGUCCUGUGUGAUGCAGCCUUGUGAAGAUGGGCAGAAGGCCAUGUUUGGGAGCAUUAGAGGGGCGGUAGGGAGGCCAGCAGUUCACAGCCCUUCAAGGGAGCUCACCUCUAAUGGCUUGACCUCUCUUAUUAUGUCCAAGACCGUGUAGGAGAUGUCCAGCUUUUACUCCAGUAACAAUCAACUAGGAGCCCAGAAACCCAAGGUUCCUGUUAUAGGAGAAAACCCACCAUUCUAUAAUGAUAAGUAAUUUUUAUGAAUCGUCUAAAAUCUUCCCCCGUGUAAAUAUGUUGAUUACCUCGAGCAGUGUGAAUGGGUGUAUGCUUAAAUUUUUAGCUGGUAUUACAGCUGUUAAAAGAGAAGUUCAUACAAAAAUGAAAAUUUUGUCAUUACUAACCCUUGUGUCAUUCCCAAUCCGUAUGACUUUCUUUCUUCUGUGGAACACAAAAGGUUAAUUCAUAGGAAUGUCUUGGUCACUCUUUUGCAUUUAAUGAAAGUGAAUGAGGACUGGGGCUGUUAAGCUCCAAGCUCCAAAAUGAUAGAUGUAGUCUAUAUGACUUUUAUGAUAUAUUCUAUGUCUUCUGAAGCCAUACAAUAGCUUUGUGUGAGGAACUGACCACAUUUUAGAUUGUUAAUUACUGAAAAUCUUGACAUCCACUUUAUCACUUCAUCUCUCCUUUACUUGUUCAUUAGAGUAAAUGAGAGAAGUAGCAUUAUCCAUUUUGUGACUUAUUUGAGUUAUAUCUUUUCAAUGAAUUAUUUGAUCCAGAUCCCAAAACUGGUCUGAAUGAUUCGAUGAUUAAUCCGAUUGAUCUGUUUCGUGAAUUCAACUCACAUUCCCAGAGCCAAAGAUUAUCAGAAAAUAAUUACUUUAAUUUCUGCUUUGUUACUUCAGAAGACUUAAAAUAUAGUGUGUACAUCAUA